AUGACGGCCCCCCCCCCACUGAAGAGCCCCCCUCCUCCCCCUCUUCCCAAGGCAUCGCUACCUGCUGCCGGUGCUGCUGCUCCAGCAGCAGAGGAACCAGCAGCAGCAGCAGCAGCAGGAGCAGCAGAAGGAGAAGCAGCAGCACCUGCUGCAGCUGCAACAGAAGACGAAGCAACCGAUAAACCAGCAGAAGCAGCAGAAGCAGAAAAACCUGCUGAUGCAUAG